AUGACAGUUCAUAUCUUUGGAGCAGUGUCUUCACCCAGUAUAUCUAACUUUGUUUUGAAGGCUACAGCUGAUGUUUAUGGACUCCCUGUUGCUGACACUAUUCGGAACAAUUUCUAUGUUGAUGAUUGCCUCAAAUCAGUCAGCACUGAGGACACUGCUGUGAAAUUAGUUGACAAUUUGAGGUCUGCAUGUGAAGAAGGUGGAUUUCAGCUGACCAAGUUCACAUCUAAUAACAGAAAUGUUCUCAAUUCGAUUCCAUCGGAGCAUCACUCAAAACAUAUUCAAACUCAUGACUUGAAUUACGAUCUCCUUAUUGAAAGAGCUCUUGGGAUGCAGUGGCAUAUCAAUACAGAUAUGUUUGGGUUCACGGUUGACUUGAAAGAAAAACCAUUCACUCGGAGAGGACUACUCUCAACAAUGUCUUCAUUAUAUGAUCCCUUAGGUAUUGUGGCUCCUGUCAUGCUGCCAGCCAAGAAAGUCUUGCAAGAUCUAUGUACUAACAAGCAGCUUGGAUGGGAUGAUGAAAUACCUGCAGAACACAAACUCAUCUGGAAGGAAUGGCUAAGAGAGCUCCAGUGCCUAAACGUAUUGAGGCUGGAAAGAUGUCUGAAACCUGCUCUGUUUGGAAAUGUAGUGUCUAAACAGCUUCAUGUGUUUUCAGAUGUAAGUACCAUGGGGUAUGGUUGUGUAGCAUACCUUCGUCUUUGUGAUGAUAAGGACAACAUCCAUACAGCAUUUCUUAUGGGAAAAUCCAGACUUGCACCAGUUAAAACAGUCACCAUUCCUCGCUUAGAGUUAACAGCUGCAACUGUAGCAGUACACAUUGGUCAACUCCAGCUGGACACCAAACCUGACAGUGUAACUUACUAUACUGACUCAACCACUGUUCUGCACUAUAUUAACAGUGAACGGAAAAGGCUCCCAGUGUUUGUUGCCAAUCGUGUGAAACUAAUCAGAGAUUUUUCAGAGCCUGAUCAGUGGAAGUACAUUGAUUCUAAGACCAAUCCUGCAGAUGUUGCAUCUCGAGGCGUGACUCCUUCACAGUUGAUUGGGUGCAAUGACUGGUUCAAAGGUCCCCAGUUUCUUAUGAAACCUGAAUCCGAGUGGUCCUUGCAACAGCCAGCUGUUCUGAAAGAUUGUACUUAUGAAGAAGUAGUCACUGCAACAGAAACACUAUCAAAGAAGUCCCAAGACACUAUGUGUCAACUGAUGGAUCAUUACUCUAGUUGGUAUCGGUUGAAGCGGGCUGUAGUGAUAUAUCACAGAUUACUUGACAUUCUUCACAGUCGAAAACUGCAAACUAACAAGUCUUCAGGCGGACGCUUCAAUCAGCCUUUCACAGUACAGGAACUAGACAGAGCAGAGAAUGUUAUUCUCAAAUUCAUACAAUUACAGCAUUUCGACAAGGAAAUGGAUUCAAGUAGCAAACGGGGCCGAGUACCCAAGAGUAGCUCAGUGUACAGACUAGACCCCUUCUUAGACAAUGGACUACUCAAAGUUGGUGGUCGACUCAGCAGAGCAGAGAUUCCAGAGGAGAUGAAAUACCCAGUUUUAUUACCAUACAAAAGUGUUGUCACAUCACUGAUCAUCACUGACAUACAUCUGAGACUUGGGCAUGCUGGACGGAAUCACGUCUUAUCUGCACUAAGAGAGAAGUACUGGGUCAUUAAAGCUAAUUCUGCUGUUCGUACCAUAUUGUCUCGCUGUGUCACAUGUCGAAAAUUGAGAACCCCAGCUUGUGAACAGAAGAUGGCUGAUCUGCCGUCCAUUCGAGUCAAACCUACUCCACCAUUCACCUACACAGGGGUAGAUUUCUUUGGCCCUCACGUUAUCAAGGAAGGACGGAAAUAUGCCAAACGUUACGGGCAUUGUUUACAUGUCUUGUGA